UCUUCAGUUGCCGGCUUCAAGUACAAUUCUCACUCUGAUGAUACUUCAACACGCAGUCAGAGUGAGGAAUUCCUCUCCGAGAUGCCAAGUGUUGUGACUGUCAGCUGGAUGUGCCUGCUGGUGAUAUUAUGGCCUUCUGUCUCUUGCUCCCAGAAAACCGAAUGCAUUAAGAUGAACCCCUGCAAAUGUAUAAUGGAGGAUGGAUCAGGGGUGAUUAAUCUGGCAGCAAUGGGAGACUCUGAUGGAUUUCUGGAGAGGAAUAAACCAUUAACCGGUUCAAGCAAGGAAUCUGAUCCUGAUACUUUGUACUCAUUUAGUCCUUGUUUUCCAUUUAGUGAACCUGUUGAAUUUGCCUUUGAAUGUUUGGACGUGGCAGUUUGUCUUGUUAUCAGACACCAGACCCAGAACGGGGAGAUUGUGGAUUUUCUCAACUUUGGAAGACACGAGUAUAACGAGUUCAGCUAUGACAACAAUUCGCAAACACUCACUGUCACCUACCCUGCAUCUCACAGCAGCCCACUGCAUACAGUGGUUCGGUUUAACUGCAACGCCAGUCACUCAGUGGUUCUAUCGCGCAAUGCGGAAAAUCCCAACCUGUUACAGAUUUCCGUCGAGAGUCCUUGCGCCUGUCCAAAUGGCUGCAAACCUCAGGAUGUGGGUCCAGGAACCAUCAUCUCAAUAGUGUUCAGCAUAACCGUCACAGCCUACUUCUUGUUUGGUUUAUGCGCGCUCAAUCCAGUCAGAACUCCCAACGGCAUUGAAAUCAUUCCCAAAGAAAAGAUAUGGUGCAGUCUGUGUUACACCUGCGUAGAAAGGAAAAGAAGAAAGCAGAGGAAGCAUCAACAGCACAAAUGAAGUACUACAAUGGAGACAGGCCUGCUGAGUCUUCC